AUGUCGUACAAUAAUAUGGUUCUCGUCGGUAAUUGGAGCGAAGAAAGAUUAAAAAACGAAUAUGACUUCAAGAUUUUUUUGCGUAAAAGGGAAAGAAAAGAGCUAUUGUUGCAAAGAUCAAGGACAUUGUUUAGUAAUUUACUAAAAGAGAGACCUCUGGCUAUAAGUGGGACUUUUGCUCUCUUUGGGUAUAAUGUUCAGCUGGUUGCGUCUGAUAUGCCAGCUAAAACAUGUGGAGGUAAACCUCAAUAUGGCCUGGCGCUUUCUAGUCUUGUGAAGGAGAGGCAAGUUGACUUUAUGCAAAAUAUUAACGACGGCUGUCUCAUGACCCUAUCGGCAAUCACGACGCCAUGUUGCAGAAACACAUUUGUUAUCUUAAGCGUCAAGGAUGAAAGCUUGCGAGGAGAAAAGAUAAAUUAUGGCGAUGAGUUUCUUUUAAGAGCUGAAAAUUAUGGUGAACCCGAGGCAGCCCCGUUAUAUGUUCGUUACACAACGGAGGCAGUGCCCGGGCCGGCGGAUAGGAUGCCAAUUCGACUGAGUUCUACAAAGGAUUCCAAUUGUCGAUGGACUACGAUGCCAUUGCUAGCAAAAGACCGACUAGAAGGGCUUGGCAGUCCCAUUAAGACGGGAGCAAAACUCAUAGUUAAGAAUUGUGUGGCUGACAAAAGUUUGUGUGUGAUGAAUCAGAAUUGGAUGCAAACCUUUUUCGGUCCGGAGUGUGGUGUUACGUGUCGUGAUUAUAUUAAUAUUCACAAAAUGUACACGGCGGAGAAUAUAUUCACUCUAGUUAGCGAUGUCGAGACCAAAACUAAGGAUUGA